AUUGUCUUAUUGAAGCCAAGACGAGAACGCAAGACACGGCUUCCGGUACGCAUGUUCCGUAUGUUAUUGGAUCAUGGCGGAAGACCAGAGCAACGCUGCCAAGACCGAGGUGACCGACGAAGUCCGCGCUGCUACGGACACCGUCACUACCGGUGCAACGGAAAACAAUCAGGCGAGCGCCGACAAGGAGAACAUCGGCGCCAGCUUACCCAAGAAGUCCAAAAUGGACACCGACUUCCAUUCCCUACCGACGAGGCAGUACUUGGACCAGACCGUCGUGCCCAUUCUUCUCCAGGCGCUGUCGACGCUUGCCAAGGAGAGGCCUCCCAACCCGAUCGAAUACCUGGCUAACUACCUGAUGAAAAACAAGUCGCAGUUCGAGCAUGGAAGUAAUUCCGUGAACGUCCAGAACUGAAGCAGAGUUGGGUUGGGGGAAAGGGGGGGGGAGGCAGAGAGAGAAUGUUGUGUAUAUUUUUUCCUGUGUCUUUAUUUACAAAGCAUGCGGACAAUGAUUCACAUUUCUUUACUUCGCUGGAACCACAGUUUAUUUUCUUUCCUUCACUUUUUGGAAGCAUUUAUUUUACACACUGUGGUAGCAGACAGUGCCCGAUGCGAAGUCUGUGCUUUCAACCCAGCACGGAAGAAUGGAUUGAAACGUUCUAGGAUAUCGAUUGUUAUUAACAGGAGUUGAAACGCAUGGUGCUUUUACCUGCGCAAAGCGCGUGGUUCGAGCGUGUGAGCAGGAUCAUAGUUUCUCAAGGAAAACAAAAUAUAGGCGGCAGUGUCGUCGCUGUCGAAUGAGGCUUGUUUUUUUGGACGUCAUGUUGACGUCCUCCUCAUUUGGCGCGACGAGUAUGGGCAGACCGUGAAAGUUGCUGGGACUUGAGGAGUAAUGCAAAUGGAAUAUUGUCAAUAAAAACAAGUUGAAACAAAA